AUGGGACUUGCUGACAUGAUUUUGGGCAUCCAAAUCAAAAGGUCAUCUAAAGGUCUCAUAUUGACUCAGUCACACUAUGUAGACAAGAUUCUUGAAAAAUUUGGCAAGGAUGAUUCUGGUGUAGCCAAAACUUCGAUAGAUACAAGUCAACAUCUAUAUAAAAAUAAAGGUAAAAAUGUUAAUCAAGUGGAAUAUGCAAGGAUCAUAGGCAGUCUAAUGUACCUUAUGAGUUGCACUAGACCUGAUAUUGCUUUCACUGUAAGCAGUUUAAGAAGAUUUACAAGCAAUCCAGGGGAGAAACACUGGAAAGCAAUUGUAAGGGUAUUGAGAUAUCUCAGAUAUACUCGAAAUUAUGGAUUGCAUUAUUCUAGAGAUCCUGCUGUGUUAGAAGGAUUCUCUGAUGCCAGUUGUAUAUCUGAUAUUCAAGAUACCAAGGCACAAGUGGUUAUAUUUUCACAUUGGGAGGAGGAGUUGUGUCAUGGAAAUCCUCAAGACAAACAAUUAUAA